AUGUGUCCGCAUUGCGUUCGUGACGCGGAACGUUCCGCGUCGCGAAGCCACGUCUCGUCUGCGGCGUCGCAUCGGAGAUCGCAGGACGACGGAGAGCUUCCGGCGGGCGGCACCGCUCAAAUCAAGCCGUCACGGACCACCGGCGACAUUUCCAAGUUUCGCGGCGGCGUCGUUCAUUGUUUCGUCAUCGAGGAGUGCAUGUUGGCGGGCAGGGAGUACAAUUGGGUCGAAUGCCCGUCGCACGGCGGUCUGCACAUGCGAGAACUCGCACCGGACACCGUGUUCGCCGACAUUGAAAACGCGCUGAUGAUCCACGUGGAUCAACUGAAACGCAGCCGAAUGCUUGGUCGCGGCGCGUUCGGAUUCGUCUUCCGGGCGACGGUGCGUCAGCCGAACGGAGAGCUCUGCGAGGUGGCGCAGAAAAUGUUGGAGCCAGUGGAUCCGGGUCCGGGCGGACGGCCUUCGGCCCUGGCGGCUUAUAAAGCGGCGGCCGACAAAUGGAAACGGGAUAGUAUGGAAUUCGCCUGCCGUGCCUACUGUACUUCGCGACAAGAGCUCAGUUUGUUGAGCCGAAUGAAACAUCCGAAUGUGAUCGGACUCGUCGGCGUUUGCACGUUCCCGCUGUCCCUGGUCGUCGAACUCGCACCUCUCGGAGCUCUCAACCAACUUUUGGCGUCGCAUCGAAAAGCGGGCACCAAACUGUCGCUCGGCGUGAUCAAAGAGUCCGCGGUGCAAGUGGCUCGAGCUCUCGAGUACCUUCACUCGGCGCACAUCAUCUAUCGGGAUCUCAAAUCGGAAAAUGUGCUCGGCUGGCGGUUCCCGGCGCCGUUCAGCCCUCAAACCGACGUUCUGCUCAAGUUGGGCGAUUACGGUAUUUCGAGAAGUGUGCUUCCGUCCGGCGGAGCGAAAGGAUUCGGAGGAACCGAGGGAUUUAUGGCGCCCGAAAUUGUUCGGUUCAACGGAGAAGAAGAGUAUACACAGAAAGUGGACUGUUUUUCGUUCGGAAUGUUCCUCUACGAACUGCUGACGUUGAAGUUCCCAUUCGAAGGCGAAGAGCAUGUCAAAGAACGGAUGCUGGACGGAGCCCGACCGGUACUUCUCCCCCACGAGCUCCUUCUACCCACUCCGAUGCUCGAUCUGCUCGUCCACUGCUGGUCCGCCCAUCCCGAAUCCCGCCCGUCCUCCUCCCAACUCGUCGGAUUCUGCGCCGCGCCCGAAUUCACGCAUCUCCUCGACGUUUGCGAGCUCGGCGAAGCGCUACCGCCGAGCCAACUGCUCGCCGUCGCGAUCACCGACGAAAUCGACGAUCCCGACGAUUUUGAGGCACAAUUGUGGCUGAGCGGACGCGAAAUGACCGUCAUGGGCUGCACCCAGUACGGACUCGUCGAUCAGAAGUCGCUGACGAUGCCGUUCCGCGCGAAAUACGUGUGCAAAGUGCGCGACUCGAUUUGGUCGUGCGACGAGUGCGGACAAGUCACCGUUUACGCGAUUUCGCUUCAUGAGACGGCACACUUACAAUUGCCAUCGCUAAACGGAACUUUGGUGAGGCGGAACAUUGUGUUAUUAGAGAAAACAUGUACAUUUCUUAGACAAUAUUGAAAGUUCUACACAAAAGAUUAGUUUUGUAGAGAAAAGGUAGUUUUAAUGGAGGCCUGUCACUAAAAAAUUGGAGUGUGGGAUAUUUAUACCAUUGGCCAAAGCGUAAAAUGUUACAAAUGGGGGUCAGUACAGGAACAUGACAGGCUUCCUCUAAAAACAGAGUCGUUCUUCGAGUGUAAAAGUUGAUUGUUUAGAGAGAAAAUGAGUAGUUAGACAAAACGUAACUUUUUCAGAUUUGUGCGCCCGAACUCAUCGGCAACGACGUUCUCGUCCUGAUUUCUGACAAGCAGAUUGUGCUUUUGAGGCUUUCGGAGUCGAAUUCAGUGAGUUCUUGCCGAAUGAAGAAACGGCCGCCGCCGAAUAGUCGAUGUUCCUGAAAAAGGCUUUGUUAUUGUUGAAUUUUUGCGGCAAAGCAUUAAUUUAACGUUUUCCGAGACUAAGAUGCAGAGCAACGGGAUUUGAGCGGAAAAUCAUGAAAAAAAAGAUGAAUUUUGUGUUAGCGCCAAAAUGAUUAAACCGUUGUCUGAGUCGCUCGAUUUUACACGGCCCCUCGCCGGUAGUUUGCAGAUUUUUUGAGCGAAUUUCGCAGAAAAUCGCAGAAAAACUACAUUUCCAACAGAAUUCCGAUUUUUUCAGGUCUCCCACCUCGGAACCUUUGAUUCCCCGUACGAAAUCCGCACAGCGACGAUCCUCGAGAACGCGGGAGCCCGUCAAAUAUGGGCGGGUCACUCGGAAGGCCGCAUCUCGAUCCACCACCUCGCCGCCAACGACACGUUCAGCUUCUCCUCGAGUCUCUACCUUCCCGAUGAGAAAUGCGUCGUUCGUCAGUUGGUCGGCUCGAAAGACGCGCAAAAAGUGUGGGUCGCCCUGGAGAAGAGCUCAAAAGUGCUGAUGGUGGAGGUGGAGCGGCGGCAGGUGUCCGGAUCGCUGGAUAUUCGGAAAGUGAUGCCGGGCAGUGAGACGAUUCACACAAUCGACAUGGAAAUGGCCAACCAGAACCAUGUGACGUGUCUCGGAUUGCUGGAACGCAACGACGGCGAUCAGUUGUACAUUGGAACGUCGAAAGGACUGCUGGUUAUCGCGCAUGCCACUACGGUUCGAGUUUCAGCCUUUUCUCACAGUCAGAUAAUGUUCAUUACAAACAUUUUUCAGCUACAACCAUUGUCGGCGUGCCGUCCGUUCGAAGGCGACGUCACCGCGAUCUGCAUUCUCGAAGAGCCGCCGAGAGAAGAGGAGGGAAGCGUGCGUGGCAAAGCGACGACACUAAGCACGGCCUCCUCGGAAAGCGGCCUCGGAUGGGUCAGGGAACGAGUCAGCGAGACUGUCGAUCGGUGAGUAAGUUGUAGCUUUUGGCGUGACGGCUGGAAGUUAAAAGCACAAAUUUUGCUCCAAAAUGUCGCUUUUUUUUCUAAGAAUCUUUCUCCGACGAAAUAUUGAUUUUUGCAGUUUCCGCUCUAAUCCCGCCACAAUCGAAUGCGAGGGAGCCGCCCUACUCGUGUGCAUCGGCCGUCAAUUCCGCAGCCUCUCGCAUCGAUUCGUUUCGGAACAAAAACUCGCCGACGUCUUCUCGAUCGCCGUGUGGCGCACCGAAGAAUGGACUCUGUGA